AUGCGGACACGGAUCGUCAAACUCAGCCAAGCCACCCUAUGGUCGGCAGAGCACGAACCCUUGAAAGACAGGGUCCCAGGAGGAGUAUUUGGAAACCUUGCAGACCUAAGACGACAGCUGGACGAAGCGCAUCAGCUUGCGAACCUCCCCCCGAUUAAACAUGAGGAAAGCCACAACGUAUACAACAUCAAGUCCGAUAGCGACGGCGAUGACGAACCACCCGACGACGCACUGGAUCUUUCGCAUGGACAGGCUGAUACUCUAAUAUUGGGCGGGGAGGGUAAUGCCCAAUCAAGCAGAGCACCCAUUGCCACCACAGUAAUGGAGCUCUUUAUUGAACGGCUAAUUAGCAAUUUUAGCCCCAAGAAUCUGGCCAAAUAUGGCGGCUCUAUCGCAUUGCGGGAGGCGUCGGAAAUGCGAAUGUUCUCGCCUAUUAUCUGCACAGCUUUUGAGGCUGCCGCGCUUAGCUUUGCUGGUUGUCGGGAUGGAAACCCGUCAAUAGAGGUUGUCGGACACUCACGAUAUAUUCGGGUUUUGCGACUUCUGCAAAAUGCCCUAUAUGAUCCUAAACAGAGCAAGUCGACUGACGUAUUGGUUGUUGUCCUGCUGUCUACCAUUAUCGAGGCGUUUAAGCAGAGCUCCAGUGACUCCAUAUUUAGGCACCAGCUAGGAGGCCUCGAGCUACUUCGAGCACGCACAGCGUAUAGACACCGCCAUGGGAUUGAUCGGUCGUUAUUUGUCGAUCUCCGACUCUACUGGGUCACUGCAGCUCUAGUCCAUCGCAAGCCGACUUUUAUGGCAUCCAAGGAAUGGCUGACUGUUCCUUGGACGGGAGAUGGAACACCUAAGGAUAUUCUACAUCGGCUUUUGGAUAUCGCCGUCGACAUUCCCGGAUACCUCUCUCAGAUCGAUGAAUUCAUGGCCCUGUUAAGAGAGGCAAACUCACCUCCAAGCCUUUUAGCGGCGAUGCAGUCCUCGAUAUUGGACCUGGCGGGUGAACUCCAGGCUCGUUUGAAUAUGUGGAAGACCAUGUAUGCCGAUACAUACCCCCCCGGAAUGCCCAAGGAGGAACUUGACUGCGAGACCCCAGAUGGUUUCCCAGUUUUCAAAUGCCGGGACCCCAGCACGAUGCAGACUGUGACAGCGAAAGUGCUGGUAUAUCCCGACAUUCUCUUGGCCACCUCCAUGUCCCUUUACUGGGCUUUGUCCCUUGUCAUAUCUACCGCGGAUAGUGGCCUGGUCAGCGUGUUGGGACCGCAGAGGCGAUACCUUUUUGCCUGCAACAUCUGUCGUAGCAUGAAGUACUACAUCCAGAAUAUCCCGGGCUGUCUUGUGUCCCGGAUCAUGUUUGUGAUACGCACAGCAUUUGAUGUGUUUACAGAAAAUAUGAUCGAGAAAGAAUUCUUGGUCGAAUGCUUCCAUUUUAUUGGACGGAAACUGCAGCUUACAGUAUUUUCCAACCAGUGCGCCUCAUCUGCAGUCAAGUUGGGAAAUGCAUGA